GCCGUUUCCACUCUCUUUCGCGCUUCAGCCACCCGGGAAGCCCAGCCCCAAGCGUCGCUGGGCUCCGAUUGGCUCCUUUGAAAGUCUACGGACUACCUGAUUGGUGGGCCUCGGGCCCUUCAGCGCGGAUCUACCAAAUCUGCUGAUUAACUAUGGAAGAUUAUACCAAAAUAGAGAAAAUUGGAGAAGGUACCUAUGGAGUUGUGUAUAAGGGUAGACACAAAACUACAGGUCAAGUGGUAGCCAUGAAGAAAAUCAGACUAGAAAGUGAAGAGGAAGGGGUUCCUAGUACUGCAAUUCGGGAAAUUUCUCUAUUAAAAGAGCUUCGUCAUCCAAAUAUAGUCAGUCUUCAAGAUGUGCUUAUGCAAGAUUCCAGGUUAUAUCUCAUCUUUGAAUUCCUUUCCAUGGAUCUCAAGAAAUACUUAGAUUCCAUCCCUCCUGGUCAGUUCAUGGAUUCUUCACUUGUUAAGAGUUAUUUGUACCAAAUCCUACAAGGGAUUGUGUUUUGCCACUCCAGAAGAGUUCUGCACAGAGACUUAAAACCUCAAAAUCUAUUGAUUGAUGACAAAGGAACAAUUAAACUGGCUGAUUUUGGCCUUGCCAGAGCUUUUGGAAUACCUAUUAGAGUAUACACACAUGAGGUGGUAACACUCUGGUAUAGAUCGCCAGAAGUAUUGCUGGGGUCAGCUCGCUACUCAACUCCAGUUGACAUUUGGAGUAUAGGCACCAUAUUUGCAGAAUUAGCAACCAAGAAACCACUUUUCCAUGGGGAUUCAGAAAUCGAUCAACUCUUCAGAAUUUUCAGAGCUUUGGGCACUCCCAAUAAUGAAGUGUGGCCAGAAGUGGAAUCUUUACAGGACUAUAAGAAUACAUUUCCCAAGUGGAAACCAGGAAGCCUGGCAUCCCAUGUUAAAAACUUGGAUGAAAAUGGCUUGGAUCUGCUCUCGAAAAUGUUAGUCUAUGAUCCUGCCAAACGAAUUUCUGGCAAAAUGGCACUGAAUCAUCCAUAUUUUAAUGAUUUGGACAAUCAGAUUAAGAAGAUAUAGCUUUCUGACAAAGAGUUUCCACGUAUCAAGAACAGAUAGUUAUAUUUUUACUGCUAACUUUGUCUGUUUUUGUUUUGUGUAUUUUUCUUUUCUUUGUUGUAAACUUAAGCUGUACUUCAUCUUCUGAUUUCAAAAGUGUAACUUAAAAAUGUAAAUAUUGUUCUAUAUGAAUUUAAAUAUAAUUCUGUAUAUGUUUAUAGAUCUCACCGUAACAACUAUUUUUUUUUUUUUAAGAUUUUAUUUAUUUAUUUGACAGAGAGAGACACAACGAGAGAGGGAACACAAGCAGGGGGAGUGGGAGAGGGAGAAGCAGGCUUCCCAUGGAGCA